UCUCGUGCGUGUCGCCAUUGGUUUGGGAUGAUGUCAUCCGCAGUAGAGACAAUAGAGCCCUCCUCCCCCGUCAGUGUCUCCUCACACACGCUUCGCAGCUCAGAGUGACACACGCUCAGACGUGACGCCAGCAGAGUUAGCCAAGCACCCCUGAUGACAUUUCCUAAUUUAUCUGUUUACUGUGAGUCCGGCAGAGCUGUGCAUCGUCUUGUCAAAGCAGUUUUUUUUUUUAAAGAAAUUAUUCUUAUUUGUGAUUUUUCUUUUUCUAAUAAGCUUCACGUACAAACGAGCAGGCAGGAGAAGGUGUUACACAUCUGGAUCAUACCAACACAUCGGGUCGUGGUAUUCGGGCCACUGCAGACAUGAGGAGCUCUCAUUCCGCUGCGCAUAAAUGAUGAAAACACUACGGGACUGCCACUCUUGAUCUUUGCAUAAACCCAGAUGCCUCCCCUCCCUCUUGACGAACGCAUAGUGGUCAUUCAGCGCCCCAAAAAUUUAGCCCUUUGCGAGGCUUCCCCACAGACUAUCGCGCAGCAUUCCUCUCAUCUCACAGCCUCCUCCAAUGGACAAGUCGCUCAUCCUGCUCAUCUCCAUCCUUCUCACUCCCAAUUUUAUUCACCCACCUGUAAAUCUCUGACUCUGGAAUGCAAGCGCAGGUUGUCCCGUGUGCAGAAAUUCAAAAGCGACCAACCUGUCCUCCCGGCGGCCGUCAGACACAUCCCUAGCCACUGCCACAGCAAUGGCACGGUAACUCUCGGCCCGCGUCUGCCCUCACACACGCAUACUAUUGAUAUCAGAGUGACAUUGGACAAAGGAGGAAGAGGUGGAGGAGGAGGAGGAUUCAGCAACUCAUUAGGGCGUAGCGGGAGUAUAAAAAGUGGCAGAGGGAAAUGUGUCCCUUCAGAACAAGGACAGUGUGAGAGAAAAACCGGAACUGCAGGGAGGCCAGGUGGCGUCGAACACAGGCCACAGCGAAUUCGUCAGCUGUCAUCAGCCCCUGGUGGGGUCCUCCAGUUUGUCCCCGCCCAGGCGCAGCAGCAUAAGUUUAGGAGUGAAAAGGAGAAGGAAAACACUGGUUUUCUUAACAGAGGUGACCACGAGUUUUCCUCUAUAGGUCACAGGACAAGCUCCAAACUGGGACCGGUCCAUCAAAGCCUAAAUAGUCACAGUCUGACCCACCACCACAACUCUGUCCCUUUGCCCCAUGCUGCCAUCCUAAACUCCACCUACCCCCCAUCUCCUUCCUCCCAACCCACCUAUGUCGCAGCCUCUCUUCAGCAACGUAGACAGCCUCACCCAGCCUCUCAACCCAGGGAUCACCGCCCUCACCUUCUUCAUGGUUUACCCCUCUCUCCUUGCUCCUCCCACGCUGGAGGGUUCCCCAGCCCUGACCACACCUGCACCAUCGACUGCGCGCACCCAUUCAGUUGUGGCUGCUGGAGGUUGGUAAGAUGCAGAGGGUGUAAAGGGCACUCGGCUAGCUUUCAAGGAGGUGGUGGAAGCACUUCCACCUCAUUUUCCUGUGGUCACAAUGUUGGAGCAGUAAAGAGAGGAGGUAAAGAAAUGGGCCUGAGAAAUCUGGGUGGGUGUCUCUCCAACGCCUCCACCUCUAACACCUCGUCUUCUAACAGCACUGCUUCUGAGUGUCGCACGGGCCUGUUCAAACCUCUCCGCUGUGCCUCCUGCUCUGGUGAGGCUGGAAACUUUGAGAGUCCUGCUAUUCUUCGCAAAAAACUUGUAGGAGGAUGCCUUCCCUGCACCCCGCUGUCCUCUUCUGCCCCUCUGCGGGCGAUACAGAGCUGCGUCACAGGCUGCAACCCCAAAGCUUCCCAAACGGGCAGUUCCACCUGCAGCUACUGCAGCAGCGACCCCAUAGUGGUCACAUACAACCCUCGCAGAGGCAAACCCCCAGGAAGAAGCAUCCCAGCAGCUCAUCCGAUGUCUAUGUAUCCAGCCGAUGAUGACGACUACAGCGUGCGCACCAUCUGGCCUGAAGAACUGGCCAAGAAGAUGACCCACUCUAAAGCUCAAAAAAAUCACUGUGCUGGGAUAGGUGUAGGAGUCGCGAAAACCUGUGCGAGUCAGACCCAGAAUGGCAGUAAUGGAACAGGGCUCGUUCUCCUGGACUGUCAAAACCUCAAGGAGUACACACAGACGCAGCUCACAGACCACGCUGGACGGAGGCGGCUUCAGCAGGGCAAAAUGGCAGCCCUCGAUUUUAUGGGCUGCAGGUCAGGACCGGAGUACGACGACGGUCGGAGCUCGCUGAAGAGGCUUUUGAAUAAAGCCGAGGAUGCGGGAUUGAGCGAUGGGCCUGACCAUGACGAAGAUGCAGCAUAUCCCUCCUCCCCCUCUCCCCGCUCUGCCUCCCCACCAUCACCUGUGUCCUUUUCCCCUCCACCAUCCGCCCCCACUACGCUAAUCAAACCCAAGCCUUGGCAGAGAGACAGGGAGGGAGGACACACUCUGUCGUCGGCUCAGUCACUUCACCUGGCCUUGAACUCCCUGAACAGAGAGCAAGAUGAGGAGAACAACAGAAUGCGCCUCUCUCUGCCGCUCUCCUCUUCCUUGCCGGCUUCUCUUUCCGAUGAGUCUGUGAUGACUCCCGAUGCGGAGAACGCUGUGGUCAGUCCCAUCCUGCCCUUCCUGUAUCUGGGGAAUGAGAGAGAUGCUCAGGACCUGGACCUGCUCCUACGCCUCAACAUCGGCUACGUGGUCAACGUGACCACACACCUGCCUCUCUACCACGUCAGCUCUGGACUGCGAUACAAAAGGAUCCCAGCCACCGACAACAGCAAGCAAAACCUUCGACAGUACUUCGAGGAGGUUUUUGAGUUUAUUGAGGAGGCAUAUCAGAGUGGACAGGGAGUGCUGGUACACUGCCAGGCAGGCGUGUCCCGUUCUGCAACCAUUGUCAUCGCCUACCUUAUGAAGCACACCCUCAUGACAAUGACAGAUGCCUACAAAUACGUGCGGAGCCGCCGUCCUGUGGUGUCGCCGAAUCUCAACUUCAUGGGCCAGCUUUUGGAGUUCGAGAGGGACCUCAACUCUGGGGUGACUCCUCGCAUCUUGAUGCCUAAGCUUAACGGUGUGGAGACGCAGGUGUGAGAAGGGUCAGGGGUCGCAAGUGUACGGAGGGAGUUAGCGCAGGUGAAAGAGAGAGCAGGACUGAAGUGGCAUUGAUGAGGCGUGAAGGGAGGACUGGAAAAUGCUGUUGCGUUUGGCAAUUAGUGUACUUUUCAUACUGUGAGACAAAAGACUGGACGGUUCGGUUGUUUAAGUAGUCGUUCUUGGACAACUUGAUCUCCAUCCAGCGUCUUGUUUUUAAGAUAAUGUGCCAAUAUUUUGUAUAUAUCUAACAUCACUCAGAUAUCUCAACACGUUUUUCUUUUUCUUCCAAUGCCUCUUCCUUUCCAUUCCCACUGUUUACAGCCACAGUAACACACUGAAAUAUACUGACUCUGUUGCCAUGAAUCAUAAAUGCAUGCAGAAAUGGAAAGGAGGGACUUUAAUACUGCUUCCACUGAACCGCUUGGAUGCUUCCACCAUAUGUAGCAACACAGAGGUCAUUUCGAUGCACUUUAUUUCCCAUGUGUUUGUUUUAGUAUCACCAACUGAAUUGUCACAAAGAUGAGAAGAAUUUGUCAUGCAGACCUCAGACAGUGUUUUUGGUUCAUAUUAACAUUUUUAUCUUUGUUUUGUUGUUGUUUUUUUACUAAUUUAAACACUGUGCAAUAGAGCAUUAUGGAGCCAGGAGGGAAACGUAUCACAAAGUGACAAACAGCGAUUGACGCUGGUAAUGGCAGUUUUUAUUUGAGUGAAGCAGCCUGUGUUGUAGAAAAGAAUAGCAGUGCAGUAUUGAACAUUACACUUAUUAUGCAGGUUAAUACACUAAAAGAAGCUUAUAAUGAAAGUGGGGAUCAGAGCGCAACACCUUUUUUUACACUCUAUGAUUUCAAAAAAUAUUUAAAGGUUUUUCCUGCUAGGAUGACACUGUGCAGUGUGUGUUGUUUCUUUUGUGGUUACUUUAAAAGACAGACAUUUGUUAAGUAUGAAUCUGUCCUGUUAGGGGGCGUGGCCCAAUAUUUUUUCAAAUUAAAGAGCACACAAUAGUUUGAUAUAACAUUAAGAUUUGUUUAAUGUUAGCGUAGCCUAUCUGGUUGGAAACUGUGAGCUAAAUUGUUUCAUUUCUGUGUUUGUGGGGAAUUUGUGUUGUUUUUGUUUUUCUAAACAGCAAUGCGAAAAAUAGAUGCUUUUAUUUUGUACCUGUUUAAUUGCGACCUAGGUGUCGUUUCUCAAAUGGGAUCGCCAGAACGGGGCUGAAGUUAUUUUUUCAUGAAUUUCACUACUUUACAAGUCCUCGAGACAAAUAUACUUUAAUAUUUUCAUACCUUUGUGAACAAGUUAGAGGUUUUUAGCUAAUGCUAAUGUUGUUAGCCCCUGUUCUUUUGCCUUACUUUCCAUACUGAAUUUCUUCCUCGUGCGCGUCAUGACUAUGCAUUCUCUUUCAUUAUGAAGGCUUUGGUUUGUUUAGAAAAGGUCAUUUGUUUCACUGUGAAUUAGUCCAAAUGUAAAUUCUAUUCAGGUUUAAAGGGUAACAUACUAAAACAAUGAGACUUUAAAAACGAUCUCAUUGCAAAGUAUAGUUACCCGACUUCCCCUUAAGUUGCUUACGAAUUAGUUGCUAAUAAGCCUCUAGGCAACCACUUUGAAUCACAAGGAGAUUGCUCCCGACUGACUGCAACUGUUUAGAGACAGGUUGCCUCCCACCAG